GGCAACUGCCGCAAUUUGAAGUUUACCAGUUUUCCUAAAACUGGCUACAGGUUGGAGAAUCACACGGUUCGAACUAUUGAAGUAUUCGACGAGGAUCUCUGCAGGUUACAAUGCUAUCUGGAACCUAACUGUGUCAGUUAUAACUUCCAUAAGCUAAGACAGGCUUCUGGAACACACAAGUGUGAUCUGAAUAACGCGACCAUUGAACACGAUGAAGACCUGGUAAAAAACGAAACUUACAUUUACCGUGGAGCUGAGGUGAGGAUGACGUUUAUAAGCCAAGAGUAUGAGACUUUCUACUCGUUGAGGCCUUUUUACAAGACUAAGACUAAGCAUCUCUCAGCCUCUGCCACUCCUCUAAAUUCUCCUUCCACCCACCAGAAUAUAGGUUACGAUAAUUGAACGUUUAAAAUGUUGAAAUAAAGAAUUAAGAGAGGCAUACUCUAUUAUUUAAGAAUGACCGCUUCUGGAGCUGUUUUUAUCAAGCACAAAAAUUGAAGUGGUCAUAUUCUUUUUCUUCUUAAGAGUGCUUGCGCCAGUAAUCCUUGCAGAAAUAAUGCAACAUGCCAAGCUGGCUUUACACACAGAGAUUAUCAGUGUUUGUGUGCUUUUGGAUCUGGAUUUGAAGGUCACGAUUGUGAUAGAGGUGAGGAACCCUCUAAAUUUUUUUGUAGUCUGUAAAAUGAAUGUGUGGUCAUUUCUUAUCUGACAACGGGGAACGUUAGCAUGGAGGCGAAAACACUUGCGGCCAGAGCACGUCAAAUACACACAAACCCUUAUAUAAAUGUGGCGCUCAUUUUGUUUUCUCAGACAUAGAUGAGUGUUCUAGUGAAACAAACGGCUGUGAUGAGAAUGCUGAGUGUAACAAUACCCUGGGAUCUUACAAGUGCAUCUGUAAAGAUGGAUUUCAUGGAAAUGGAACUAACUGCAAAGGUAAUUUAGUUGUGUCAAGUGAGUUGAUGACGUAAAAUAGGCCACUAUUGCGAGUUUAAAAUCUGAAGUAUCGAGCGCUAGUCCUUCGUCAGAGCAAGUGGGGGAAUUGUGGGUUGUGUGUCUGUUUAUAUGCGGAAUAUGGAAUUACACGGGAACGUGGUAACGAGAAAAUUAGAAUAAAGUAGCUGACUAUAACAUCCCAAAAAUCUACUUAAGCAAACAAACGAGAAAACAAUAAAACCACAAAACACUAGAUAAUAAAAUAAAAAGAGGUUCCGUACAAAAGAUGCUUCUUUUUUAAUUCUUUAGACUUGGACGAAUGUGCUGACGGAACACACAACUGUGAUGUGAAUGCUGAGUGCAACAAUACCCUGGGAUCGUACAACUGCACGUGUAAAGAUGGAUUUCGUGGAAAUGGAACAAGCUGCAAAGGUAAUUUGGUAACAUCAAGUGAGUUGAUAACGUAAAAUAGGCCACUGUUGUGAGUUUAAAAUCUGAAGUUUCGAGCGUUAGUCCUUCGUCAUAGCGAAUGAGUUGUGUCUGUUUAUAUGCGGAAUAUGGAGUCACGGUACUGGUGGGAGCAUGGUAACGAUACAACAAAAAUAAAAUAGUUGACUGUAAGAUCUCAAAAAUCAAUUAAAGGAAACAAACGGGAAACAACAACACCACAAAACACGAGAUAAAAACAUAAAAACAGGUUCCGUACAAAAGAUUCUUCUUUUUUGAUUCUCUAGACUUGGACGAAUGUGCUGACGGAACACACAACUGUGAUGUGAAUGCUGAGUGUAACAAUACCCUGGGAUCGUUCAACUGCAAGUGUAAAGAUGGAUUUCGUGGAAAUGGAACCAAAUGCACAGGUAACUGUUUAUAACAUAUCAUUCUAUCUUAUCUCUCCAUAUUUUUCUGGUGGACAUAGCACCAGACUUAAACUUGUACAAGAGUGUAAUGUCCCUAAUUUCUGUACGGUAUUCCACCGGCAGCAGGCCCAGCAGAACGAGCCGAUCAGCAUAAGAGACGUUAUUCAGUGGGUAAUUAAGAAUAAACUUAGCCAGAGACCUUUGGAUUUUCUCAAUUAAUGCUCUGUGUAUGACUGUAUAAUAAAGAGACCAUAGGCACGAGCAUUAUUCAAGUUUGGGUCUGACCACAGGACAGCACAGCAGGUUCCUUAUCUAAACGUCAUUGACAUCACGGAAAACUUGCCUGAUUCACGAAAGGUUUUGUUGGCCUUUGAGGUUAUUUCUCCUGCAUGCUCUGCCCAUUGGAGAUCACGGGAAUCAUUGAUGCUUAGGUCUUAAGCGUAAGGUACACACUCGAGCGAUGUCCUUCUUAAAGAUGUGAACGAAUUUGCAUUUUGCGGCGUUGAAAGCUAUGCAGCUUGGUGAAUUUACCAGUUUCCGAGGAGUUACCAGCAAGAGUUACAGCAUAUUUGCGGGUGAAAGUAGAUUCUAUGAUCAUUACCAGAGCCAAUACGAAGAUAUCGUCAUGAAGAUAGCCAUAUCUGCCGAAUUUACAGGAAUACUUUUUUGGGAAGCGGUAGGGUGCAACAUUGGCAAUACCCAAAGUAAUUUGACAAUUAAUUUCUUAGCAGUACGAUAACUUUCCCUUUCAUUUUGCGAUUAUUAUGCAGGGUUUACAGCAGUGUUUACAACUCUUGGUAAGAGUGGAACUACUGGUCCAGUCCAAAUUGGAAGUCACUACGCAGGUCAGGAUCACGACGGGCAAGUGACAUUGUCCAGCGGUAUUCAACAAUGGACUGUGCCAUACACUGGCGAAUACAGAAUAGAAGCAAUAGGAGCCUCAGGGGGGUACGGUGAGGACAGUAUCAUCAAGAACGGUGGAAGAGGGGCACGAAUGAUUGGAAACUUUAUUUUGACCAAAGAUGAGAUCAUUCAUAUACUUGUUGGUCAAGAAGGGAAAAAAGGGAAGAACAACUUAAAAAGUGCUGGAGGUGGUGGAGGUACAUUUUUUGUGAGACGAAACAACACGCCUUUAAUCAUAGCUGGAGGUGGAGGGGGAAUCAAAAUAUGUCAGAACAACAUCUGGGAUGUGAUGCUUCCCAAGACACCACUGCAAAUGCAGGGAACAACUCGCCACUGGGAUCAGGUGAAAUAGGAGGACAAGGAGGACUUACUAAUGAUGUGAAUUCUGGUUGGUGGAGAAUUUGCUUUUUAUAAAUACUGAGAAAUUCGUUGCAUUCUACUGCCAUCCUUCACUAUCUCCGAUCCAACCCAAUGAUAGAGUAAGUCGCUGAUAAUCAAAUUUGGAGGAUUUAUAAAAACUGUAAUUAUCAAAAUUCUCAACAUCAAUUUUGAGGAUUUUCUUUGAUGAUUCUUUUGGAAGCUAGCGCCUCAUGUAAUACUUAAGAUUCUGUUAAAUUUUUCCUCUUUACUUUUCAAAUUUCCUGUAUAUUUAGUAAUUAUCGACAUGGAUCCGCGAAUAUACCGCAGGAGAUGACAUCGAAAAACUUGACAAGACUUCUCAUUUGUCAAUUGCGGAUCUGGAUUAAACAGAAGCACUAACUAAAAAGUUAAUUGCAGCAUUUUUGCGCUGACUUUUCCUCAUGAGCUUUUUUGUUACUAACAAUCUCCACUAAUUAAACUUUAAAAAUAAAGAACUAAAUUAAGUUUCAGAACAUUGCGGAUCGUCGUUUGAUCGCGAGAAAUUAAAUGUAUGGGUGCUAUUUUUAAGAGAAUCACUGAUCACUUUUUUAUUGUAUUGCAGGUGGUGGUGGUGGCGGCUUCCAUAGUAAUGGACAUAAUGCAACGAGCUCUAGUAAAGGAGGGGGAAAAGGAGGUUCAGGAUAUCUUCAGGGGGGAGAGGGUGGAAAGAUUUUUGGUGGGUUCGGAGGUGGCGGUGGUUUACGUAUUUCCAACAGGGGACCCGGCGGUGGUGGUGGUUUCACUGGGGGAAGUGGCGGGGCUAAUGAGGAUAUUUCCUGUGGGGGAGGGGGAGGAUCUUUUAACAAUGGAACAAAUCAACAAAAUGAAUGUUGCUAUGAUAGCGCUGGUCAUGGUUGGGUAAACAUUACAUUUCUCCGAUGA